AUGAGCGACGACGACUUUUCCGCAAAAAACUGGGUCUGGGUCCCGGACAAAGACGAGGUGUUUGUGCGGGGCUGCAUCACCGACUACUUGGCCAAUAACACCGUCCGGGUCACGGUGAAAAACGGCGCCCAAGAUGUUGUUAAGGAAAUGGCCCAGAGCCAGUUGGAAAACUGCAACCCGGCCAAGUUCAACAAGUGCAACGACAUGGCCGAAUUGACCCACUUGAACGAGCCCAGCGUCAUCUACAACUUGUACUUGCGCUAUUCCGACGACCUUAUCUACACGUACUCGGGUCUUUUCUUGGUGGCCAUCAACCCGUACAAAAAAUUGCCCAUCUACGAGCCGGCCACGCUCAAAAAGUUCCACGUGGCGCUGGACGGCCAGGACGAGCGCUUGCCGCCGCACAUCUUUGCCAUUGCCGAAAACACCUACCGAAACCUCAUGGCCAACAAAAAGGACCAGUCCAUCUUGGUGACGGGCGAAAGUGGCGCUGGCAAGACGGAAAACACAAAGAAAAUCAUCCAGUACCUCUCGUCGAUCCUGCUGACGCCGCAAAACGACUCGCUCAACGACAUCCACAACAAAAUCUUGCAGGCCAACCCGAUCUUGGAGAGUUUUGGCAAUGCCAAGACAAUCAAAAACAACAACUCGUCGCGCUUCGGCAAGUUCGUCAAGAUCUUCUUCUCCUCGCAGGGGCUCAUCAGCGGCGCCACCAUCGACUACUACUUGUUGGAAAAAUCAAGAGUCCUGCACCAGCUGAAGGACGAGAGAAACUACCAUGCCUUCUACCAGUUUCUCAGAGGCGAGGACCCGCAGGUUCUUGCUGAAAAGUACAACUUGAAGCUUCCUGCUCUGGACUACAAAUACCUCAGCGCGUCUUCCAUUUCCAUCCCCAAUGUCGACGAUGCGAGAGAGUUUAGAAUCUUGAAAGAAGCGUUUGGCAUCAUGGGUUUUUCUGCAGAGGAAAUGGAGAGCAUUUUUGGCUGCUUGGCCAUCAUUCUUCUUCUAGGAAAUGUCGAGUUCACGUCCUGGAAAUCCGAACAGGCCAACUUUGCCCCAGACUCAAGAAUCGACACCAUCGCUGCCAUGUUGGGCGUGCUGGAGGAGGAAUUGUCCCGGAAUUUGCUCCGGCCAAAAGUGAAGGCUGGCCGGGAGUACGUGCAAAAACUGAAAAAAGCUUCGGAAGUCAAAAACACCAUCGACGCUUUUGCCAAACAUUUGUACGAAAAAAUCUUCCAGUACAUCAUUGUACGCAUCAACAAGAGCUUGCUCGAGGAAGAUGUUUCUGGCGAAAAUUUCAUUGGUGUGUUGGAUAUUGCUGGAUUCGAGAUUUUUGACACAAACUCGUUCGAGCAGCUAUGUAUCAACUUCACCAAUGAAAAGUUGCAGCAAUUUUUCAACCACCACUCUUUUAUUUUGGAGCAGAGCGAAUAUUUGCGUGAAGAUAUCCAAUGGGAAUUCAUUGAUUUUGGUUUGGACUUGCAGCCCACCAUUGAUUUAAUUGAAACAAAACAGCCCAUGGGUGUUUUGGAGAUCUUGGACGAACAGUGCAUUUUGCCAAAAGCAUCCGAGGAAACUUUUAUGGACAAGUUACUAGAGACUUGGGGCAAUGGCGAAAGCAAAAAGUUUCGCCCCAACAAAAUUAGAAAGGGCUUUGUGAUAGACCACUAUGCUGGCUUGGUGGAAUACAAUAUCGAGAAUUGGCUUCAGAAAAAUACUGACCCUGUGAGCGAAAAUCUUUUGGCGCUUUUACCUCCAUCCUCCAAUAAAUUUAUUUCCGAAUUGUUCAGCAUCCUGGACUCUCUGGACUCGAAUAAUGGCCGUCUGAAACCCAGAUUGAAGACGGUCUCUCAAAAGCAUAAAGAGCAACUUUCUUUCCUAAUGCAGCAGUUGAGCAGCACUGAGCCCCAUUUUGUCCGCUGUAUAUUACCAAACUUGAGCAAAAAACCAAACAAGUUUGACAAAGAAUUGGUGCUUCAUCAACUUCGAUGCAAUGGUGUUUUAGAAGGUAUUAGAAUAGCACGGGCCGGGUAUCCGAACAAAAUGACGUUCGACGAGUUUUUCUCCCGGUACUCGAUUCUUAAUGCCGUUGAUGUAUUUACGAGAAACGUCAAAACAAACUGUGAACUCAUUCUCAAACACAUUCAGCUAGAUCCCGAAUGCUACAAGAUCGGUAUCUCCAAAUUGUUCUUCAAAAACGGAAUUCUUGGCAAGUUGGAAGAACUUCGGGACUUGAGCUUGAAGAAUAUCAUCACUAAUUUCCAAAGUAUUUUACGUGGACAGAAUGCUCGAACAAAGAUAAAAAAGCAAAUUGCUGUGAUCCAAGCCUCGCAAGUCAUUGCAAGGAAUUUUCAGCGAUUGGACGGCCUUAUAAACCAAAGCGAAAGUCCGUGGCUCAAACUUUUCUUGAAUUUGAAACCUAUGCUUGAAGAUUCGGUAAAGGUAUUGGACUCCAACGAGAUGAAUGAAAGCUUGAAGAAACUCAAUGGCAAGCUUAAAGAUACCGAAACAGAAAGAGCCGCAUUAUCGGAGGAGAACAAUUCCCUAAAAGAAAAAAUGUCCCACUUGGAAGAGGAAAUUCAACAAAACUCUUCGUUGAUGACUGAGACAACUGAAAAGCUUCAUGUUCUUCUGCAGAAGGAGACAAGUAUGUCGUCGAAAAUUUCCGAUCUUUCCAGGGAGCUUGAAGAAACCAAAGCUGUGAGCGAAAAACUUGCUAAAGAAAAGGCUGAACUCAUGUCAACAUCCGAAGAGCUUCAACGAAAACUUUCUGAAACAGAAAGUCAAUUGGAAACUCUUAGAAGCGAGCUUACAAACUCCAAGGAGAACAUGGAACAACUAGAAGCCAAAUUACGCGAGGCUGAAGAAACUGGUAAAAAAAGUAUGGAGUUUGAGAAUAAGGUUACAAGUCUCACAAAGACCCAUGAUGCCACAGUCGAAGCAUUGAACCUCGCCAAAGGUUCCAUUAAAGACCUUGAGGAAAAGUUAGUGAGCCACGAGGAGACGAAACGGAAGUUAGUAACUGCAGAAUCAGAGAUUGAAAGAACGCAGCGUGAACUCUCCGAAAUGAAAACAGACUUGGAAGGAAAGACUACAAAGCUUGAGGAGUUUAAGCAGACUCAUGAGCAAUUGCAGUCCAAGGUGGCAGAUUUAGAAGAGCAGAAUAAGACUUUGAGUUCAUCCAAAGACGAAAGAACGAAAGAGAUUGAUACUCUCAAGCAUGAUCUUCAAAGUAAAAUCGACAAUUUGAUGAUUACCGUUGGGGGACAUGAGGAUAAAAUAGCCAAACAUGAGGCGGAAAAAACUGACCUCGAACGUUCCAUCAACGAGCUUACUUUGAAAAAAACCAGUCUCGAAAAGAAAGUGGAGGAGCUUGAAAAGAAUCACAAGGAGGAGCUUAAUAAGAUGCAGAGUGCAUUUGACAAUGAGAAGAGAAGUGUUUCGGAAAACCAAUCUGAGGAAAUUCGUUCGUUGAAAAAUAAGCUAGAAAAAGAAAGCAAAAGGGUGAGCCAAUUGGAAUCUGAACUUAAAGCAAAGGAAACAUCUUUGAUUGCCGAAUCGAAAAACCACAAGGAUGCUCAAGAAAAGAUCCUGCAAUUGAACAAAAAAUUGGAGGAGGCACAGAAACUUGAAGAUCAGUUAGCAGGAGAGAAGAAGAAAAACCAGGAACAUUUGAAUGAGAUACAAUCCACGAAAGACAAGCUUGCGGCGAAACUGAAGGAGUACAGACAAGUAAUGGACGCAUUCGAAAACUUGCGGCACGAGUCAAAGUACUUGACGGACGCAAAAGCGGAAAACUUGGAACAAAUCGUGAUCUUAAAGCAACAAGUUGCUGAGUUGGAAGCGAAACUCCACGAUAAGGAAAAUAUGCCUCCACCAGUUUCGAAAGUGGACUCUAAAAUCAUGGAAGAGCACGCAACGUUGAAGUUGCGUCUUAACGAAGCAACUGCGGCAGUUCGGAAAGAGCGGUUUGAAAACCACAAAUUGUCGGAGGAGGUGAACAUGUUGCGGAAAAAGGUCAAUGAUAGUUUUGAAAGUCCACUGAAACGCAGCGAAUACAGAAGAUCACUCGCAUACGGAGAAGAUCUCAAGUUCAAUAGCUCAGUCGACAACAAACUAGGAGAGGAAAUCAAGUCGUUGAAGAUCCGCUUGCAGCAGGAAGAGUCCAACAGUGCUCGUGCAGAGGCUUAUGCGAUUGAGCUUCAAAAGAAGUUGAACAAGUUGCAGGCUAUGAGAGGGAUCAACAGCUAUACGGACUAUGAGGUGAAAUACAAAGAGUCCCAAAAGCGCAUUGCGGAGCUCGAGAGAAACCUUGGGAACGUAAUGGACAGUAAUGGCACGGACGGAACAAACUCUCCGCCAAUGGAGCAAAUGUCUCGAAGCAGCAGUUUGGGCAUGGUUUCUUUGGCCAAUGGAUCGGGCGAUUUUGCCAAGAUAUACCGUGACAUGAGCCAUACGUUGAAAAGCACACGGGAAGAGCUCAAUAAAUCCAAAACGGAAAUCUUGAGACUCAAGUCUUUGUUGCGAGACAGCGAAGAUGAGCUCUAUGAGUUGAAAAGGCUGAAUGUGAAGAUUUCUGUCAAGGACUACGAGGGGGAAAUUGCCCGGUUCAAGGUAUCGAACGAAACAUUGUCGAAACGAUUGGAAGAGGUGGAGCAGACCAGUGAAAAGUUCAGAAAACGGAGCGAGGAGUACUUCGAGAAGCUUGAACUUGCAGAGUCGGCAGUCAUGAUCAGCAAAAGACACGACGAACAGUCGCGCAAAGAACUAGAGCAGAAAACCACCGAGUUGAAACUUGUAAAAGAAGAGAUUCGGGCCAGUGAGCGGGUCAUCAAGCAGCUUCGCCAAAACAAAAGCGACUUGGAAGUACAGUUGACCGAUCUGCAACAUAGAGAAGAAAAGUUGCACGCGAAAAGCAAAAGCUUGGAAGAAAAGCUUCAGUACUUGAACGAUACAUACGGCGAGAAACGCAAUGCAAUUGAAGAGCAUAAGCGGGAGAUUUGGAGUUUGCGAGACGAUCUCAAGUUCAAGCAAGAGAAGGAGACAGAGUUGAUCAGGGAAAAUAAGAGGCUCACGAUUGAAAACGAAGAGUUGACCCGUGUACGGGAGGAGGUUCUUGCAGAAAACACCGAGGUGACAGAGGAAAAUGAGCAAUUGACAAACACGAACGAACGUUUAGUUUCGGAGAUCGAUUCCUUGAAGAAUGACAAGCAAAUUUUAGAGCGCAAGCUCGAUCUGUUUGCAAGACAAACAGAAGCUUUGAAACAGCUCAUUGAAGAGAAUAGACUGCAGCUCGAAGUGUUGAAUUCCAAAAACAGCCAGCUUGAACAAGAGAAAGAAGAUCUUGAAAGCAAAGUGGCGGACCUUCAGGGCCAAGUGGAACGGGCAAACUCCAAGAUGGAGCUUAUGCGGGAGCACGUUUUAGAUCUCGAAAAGGAAAAAGAAGAGAACCGCAAAGAGCUCCAAGAAGUCCAAAAGAGAUGGGAUUCGAGUGAUGAGCACUAUAAGAAAGCACGCACGGAGAAUUUAGUGAUUGUGGAAGAGAACGAAAGCUUGAAAACAGUCAACAUAGAGCUUAAGCAGAAGGUUCAAAAGCUUGAAGAGAAACUUUACUCUAACGAUCAACUCAAUUAUCUUGAGGAAAACAUGGCCAAGCUCAAUCGGGACGUCGAUGACUUGAAGCACCAGUUGUAUGAGGGCGAGAUGCGGGAACAGAAACUUCACAAGCAAGUAUCUACGCUUGAGUAUGAGAACAAUGAGAAGAACAUGCAAAUGAAGAAGUACAAUGACGAGAACUUCAACUAUCAGAAUAUGGUGGGCCAGUACAAAAGCCGGGUGGAGUUUUUGACCCAGGACAAUAACGAAAAGGAUCUUCAUCUCAAGGCGCAAGAGAGAGAGCUCCAGGAGCUUCGAGAAAAAGUGCUUGUUUUCGAGAAGGAAAGACUUGGGCGUAGGGAAUAG